CCAGCGGCGAGGGCACCCGACGUGGACUCACUGGGCUUCCAGGCCAUGGACCGCAACGUGCCGGGGCUGUCCAAUGUCAUCCUCCAGAAGCUCAACAUGAAGAGCUAUGAGGACUACAAGUCUGCCAUGGACGGGAGGAAGACCAGCAACGAUUUUGGCAUCCGGACUUACUUUGACAUGUUCCAGAAGAUGGAGGACACCUUCAAGUUUUGCGUUGAGUGCAAGAAGCUCCCCGAUGCCCUCCCUGACCCCAACAGAGAUAUCCCUUUCCCCACGGAUACCUGGACAAAACCCGCCUGGGACGUGAAGGGCUGGGAGGACUGGUUCUCCAUGCAAGAGCAGGUGGAGGAGAAGCUGCGUGAACCCAUCCGGCGCCUGGUCGCCGCCUUCCACUCGCGGCCGCUCACCAUUGGCUUGGGGCUGCGGCUUUUUGGCAUCAACCCCCAUGCCAAGGCCCUCACCGUGCAUGUGGUGGGGGCGUCCCACGUUGAGACCCUCAACACCCGGCCGACAGACUACGAUGAGCUAACACGGAUGUUCCCAGGACACCAAGGUGUGGAGGUGGUGAUGGUGGGGGUGGACGUGGUUGAUGGACCCAUCAUGAG